AUGGCGCUGGAGCGGGCGCUGCAGGCGGCGCGACAGGGCGACGUGGAGGCGCUGCGGGGGCUGCGGGCGGCCGGGCUACUGCGGCCGGGGCUGCGGGACGCUCUGGGCGCGUCCCCCGCGCACCACGCUGCCCGGGCCGGCCGCCUCGCCUGCCUCCGGUACCUGGCGGCCGAGGCCGCGCUCCGAGGGGACGCGCGGGCGCGAAACGGGGCCACGCCGGCCCACGACGCCGCCGCCACCGGCAACCUCGCCUGUCUCCAGUGGCUGCUCACGCAGGGGGGCUGCGGCGUGCAGGACACAGACAACUCUGGUGCCACCAUCCUACACCUGGCAGCCCGCUUCGGUCACCAUGAGGUGAUCGACUGGCUCCUCCGCUUUGGAGGCAGCGACCCCACGGCAGCCACCAACACGGGAGCACUGCCCGUCCACUACGCCGCGGUGAAAGGGGAUUUCCCUUCCCUGCGACUCCUCUUGGGACACUGCCCCAGUACACUGAGUGCCCAGACCAAGACGGGGGCCACCCCACUGUACCUCGCCUGCCAGGAAGGCCACCUGGAGAUCAUCCAGUACCUGGUGCAGGAUUGUGGGGCUGACCCCCACGCGCGCGCCUAUGACGGCAUGACCCCUCUGCACGCUGCCGCCCAGAUGGGCCACAACACUGUCAUCGUAUGGCUGAUGAGCUUCACAACGGUGAGCCUGUCAGAGAGGGACGCCGAGGGGGCCACGGCCAUGCACUUCGCUGCCAGCCGCGGCCACGCCAAGGUACUGAGCUGGCUGCUGCUGCACGGCGGGGAGAUCACUGCCGACGGCUGGGGUGGCACACCGCUGCAUGAUGCUGCCGAGAAUGGCGAGCUGGAGUGCUGCCAGAUCCUGGUGGUGAACGGUGCCGACCUCAGCAUCCGUGACCAGGAUGGCUACACAGCAGCCGACCUUGCCGACUACAACGGCCACAGCCACUGCGCCCAGUACCUGCGCACCGUGGAGAACAUGAGCGUGGAGCACCGUGUGCUGUCACGAGACCCCUCGGCAGAUGGGGAAUGCCGACAGCCCGACUCGGGCAUGUCAUCGCCCAACACCACGGCAUCAGUGCCCCAGGCGCGCUUCGAGGUGGGCUCCCCUGCCAGCACCCUCUCCAACUACGACUCCUGCCACUCCAGCCAGUCAAGCACCGGGGAGAAGAGGGGCGGCCCCCCAGGGGCCCCUGCCGCCCCGCUGGCGGAUAUGCAAGCGUACAUGGACAUGCUGGACCCCGAGAUGCGGCCACGGGGCAGGGGCCCCACGGGCGAGGGUCCCCCGCCGCCACCACCCCCUGCCUUCCCCCCGCCACCGCCCCCACCCCCCACCACCCGGCCACCCCCUCCACCCCCCGGCUACCCUGCACCUGCACCCCCCGCUGCCCCCCACACCGCUGACAUCUACGUGCGGGCCAAGAACAACCUGCGGCAUGUGGAGAGCCAGGCGCUGCGCCGAGAGCUGGCAUCGCGUGACAGCAGUCCCGAGGGCCUGCGCCGGGCCGACUCCAGCAGGCGGUCAAGGAAUUUCGGCAAGCAGCCGAGCACCGGUGACUACUACAAGCACCUGGGGCACGUCGUGGCCGAGCAGCCAGGCCCCCAGCGAAUGGCGCACACCGAGGAGGCAUCACCCAUCUCGGCGGACACCAUGAGCAAUGGCGAGAGCAAACCUGGUGCCGAGCUGCCGCCUCCGCCUCCGCCCCCACCACUGCCCGACACCGGCUGCCCGACACCCCCACCGCCUCCUCCGCUCGUCGAGACUCCCGCCGGACCCCGCCGCUCCUCCUCCUCUACGGGAAGAGGAAAGGCGCUCAGGCAGAUGAAGAGCACCAAGUCCUUCAACAUGAUGUCCCCCACCGGCGACAACUCGGAGCUGCUAGCCGAGAUCAAAGCUGGGAAGAGCCUCAAGCCAACGCCACAGAGCAAAGGCUUCACCACCGUCUUCUCCGGCAGCGGCCAGGCAGGGGCCAACGCAGAGUCGCCAGUGUCCUCCCCAUCACCCACCAGGACGCCCACCCCACCGGCCACCCCCGAGGCUGCUGGGCCACCACGCUGCCUGGCGGGGAGCUCACCAGAGCCAGUGCUGAACGGAAGCUCACCGGUGCCGGCAGCAGGCGCUGGGGCAGCGGUGGAGGUGGAGGCGCUGGUGCCGAGCCAGGACGAGCAGGGUCGGCCCAUCCCCGAGUGGAAGCGGCAGGUGAUGGUUCGCAAGCUUCAACUCCGCAUGCAGGAGGAAGAGGAGCAGCGGCGCAAGGAGAAAGAAGAGGAGGAGCGCCUGGCCAGUAUGCCGGCCUGGAGGAGGGACAUCCUGCGCAAGAAGCUGGAGGAAGAGAGGGAGCAGAAACGGAAAGAGCAGGAGAAGCUGAAGCGGGAGGAGGAGGAGAAGGAGAAGGAGCAGUCGGAAAAGCUAAGGACUCUCGGGUACGAUGAGACAAAGCUGGCGCCCUGGCAGCGACAGAUCAUCCUCAAGAAGGGGGACAUAGCCAAGCACUAGCCACGCCACACAGCAUCCUGGCUCUUCGCAGCAGGAGGAGGCUGGCAGGUCCUCCCAUGGACCGCGACAGGCUUCGGCACCCUCCUCCUGCCGUGGAUGGCCACAUAGCCCAACCUAGAGAAGCACCGCCCCCCCCCCCAGCCCCAGGCACCCGUA